AUGGCUUCGGUAACAGAUGCCAGAUAUGGACCCAAGGAUGUUUCGGACCAGAACUUUGAUUAUAUGUUCAAGCUCCUGAUCAUUGGCAACAGUAGUGUGGGCAAGACUUCCUUCCUUUUCAGAUACGCUGAUGACACUUUCACACCUGCCUUUGUCAGUACAGUGGGAAUUGACUUCAAAGUGAAGACUGUUUACAGGAAUGACAAGAGGGUAAAACUGCAGAUUUGGGAUACAGCUGGACAAGAAAGGUACAGGACCAUCACAACCGCUUAUUACAGAGGAGCAAUGGGAUUCAUCCUGAUGUAUGAUGUUACUUGUGAAGAAUCCUUCAAUGCUAUACAAGACUGGGCCACUCAAAUAAAGACGUAUUCCUGGGAUAAUGCACAAGUUAUUCUGGUUGGGAAUAAGUGUGAUAUGGAGGAUGAAAGAAUUAUUCCUAUUGAAAAAGGAAAACAUUUGGCUGAUCAGUUGGGUUUUGAUUACUUUGAAGCCAGUGCCAAGGAGAAUAUCAACGUGAGGCAGGUCUUUGAGCGUCUUGUGGACAUCAUUUGUGAGAAGAUGUCGGAGAGCAUGGAGUCAGAAGCUUCAAAGACUACUGCUGGGAAGAAUGUGCGGCUCACAUAUCAGCCACCUCCAUUGCAGCAGAAGUGCUCCUGUUAGUGCCUCAAAAAUAAGUAGGAAAAUUUUCUCUGAUGCAGGAAAGUUUUCUCCUCACUUACUGUUUUUUAGAAAGGGAUGUGUCUGUGCUGGUGGAACUACUGUAAGUACAUUUGUUCUAUGUCAACAAAAACAUAUUCUGUGCCAUGAAUAAAAU